AUGAAGUCUACUCUUGUGAGCCUCGCCAUUUCUGUUUAUGUGGCUGUGGCCCAGUCCUACACCCAUUUUGAGCAGUUUGACGUGCAGUCUCACCUGAUCACAGAUCCUCAUAAAGUCGCCAACAAGACCUACGACUACAUUAUCGCUGGUGGUGGUCUCGCAGGUCUGACAGUCGCUGCUGAGCUCACCGAGAACCCCAACAUCACCGUUCUUGUCGUCGAGCGCGGUUUCUUGGAGUCUAACAAUGGCGCCAUCAUUGAAAACCUCAACACGUAUGGCGACAUCUUUCUGACCUCUGCCGACGCGAACUACGGUACCGUAUCCCAGGACAUCAACAACCGCAGCUUGGCUAUCAAGUCUGGCAAAGGCCUCGGGGGUUCCACUUUGGUCAACGGUGGCUCCUGGACCCGUCCUGACAAGGUCCAGAUUGACUCUUGGGAGAAAGUGUUUGGCAAUGAAGGCUGGAACUGGGACGGCAUGCUAAAGUACAUGAACAAGGCUGAACAUGCUCGAUUUCCCACUGCCGCUCAACUCGCUGCCGGUCACUCCUUCAACGCCUCCUGUCAUGGUUUCAACGGCACUAUACCCUCCGGCCCGCGUGAUGAUGGAUCCAACUACACACCCAUCGUUCGUGCUCUCAUCAACACAACGGCUGCAAUGGGUAUCACUACCCAACAAGACUUUCUUUGUGGCCACCCCCGUGGUGUUUCCAUGAUCUAUAACAACCUGCAUGAAGACCAGACUCGCGCUGAUGCCGCACGUCAGUGGCUCCUCCCGAAUUAUAGGCGUAGCAACCUGCAGAUCCUGACCGGCCAGAUGGUCGGCAAGGUUCUGUUUGAUCAGUCAGGGCUUAAGGCCACGGGUGUUAACUUUGGCACCAAUAAGGCUGUGAACUUUGAAGCCUACGCCAAACACGAAGUUCUCCUUGCUGCUGGCUCUUCCGUCUCUCCCCUCAUCCUAGAGUACUCUGGUAUAGGUCUGAAGUCUGUCCUCGAUGCAGCUGGUAUCAAGCAGCGUAUCGAACUGCCGGUCGGUCUUAACAUGCAAGACCAAACCACCACCACUGUCCACUCCCGCGCCAGCGUCAAAGGCCAGGGUCAGGCUGUCUACUUCGCCAAUUUCACUGAAGUAUUCGGUGACUACACCCCCCAAGCCGCGGAACUGCUGAACACCAAACUCGACCAAUGGGCCGAGGAAACUGUUGCCCACGGUGGCUUUAACAAUGCGACCGCUCUAAAGAUCCAAUACGAGAACUACCGGGACUGGCUCCUGAAUGAAGACGUCGCUUUCGCCGAGCUCUUCAUGGAUACCCUGGGUAACAUCAACUUCGAUAUCUGGGACCUGAUACCCUUCACUCGCGGUUCCGUUCACGUCCUCAGCAGCGACCCUUACCUGAUGCAGUAUGCCAAUGACCCGAAGUACUUCCUCAAUGAGCUCGACGUACUCGGCCAGGCUUACGCUACUAAGCUUGCCCGUGAACUUUCUUCCUCCGGUGCCAUGAAGGAGUACUACGCAGGAGAGAAUAUCCCUGGUGACAAGCUAGACUACAGCGCCACUGCCGAAGAAUGGAUCCCCUAUAUCAAGGAGAAUUUCCGUCCAAACCACCACGCCAUCGGUACUUGCUCCAUGAUGUCCCGUGAGAUGGGUGGAGUUGUUGAUGCUACUGCCAAGGUAUAUGGCACCAAGGGCCUCCGUGUCAUUGAUGGUUCUAUUCCCCCUAUUCAGGUCUCUGCUCACGUCAUGAAUGUAUUCUACGGUAUGGCGUUGAAGAUCUCUGAGAAUAUCUUGGCUGACUACUCUUUGUAA